AGCGAGGCUGUUUCCGUUUCUUAUCCUUUUCAGUUUCCGCACCACGAAGGGAAUCACGGGACGCAUCGUUCAGAAAAAAGGAAAAAAAAUUGUGGUGUCACAGAUAUUUUUUCUCUCUCUAAAACCGCAAUUCAACAACUCACCGAUUUUCUCUCUCUAAGACGUCCUGAUAUUUUGUUGUCCCCCUCGAUUGAAUCGCCUCUUUCCUCCGAUUAUCUUUGGUUGAUUUUCCUUCUCGGCGACGUCUGGAUUAGGGUUGUUGAUUCCAAAUCGACGGAUUGCUGUUUCGAUAUCUGCUUUAGAGUUUGGAUUGCUGUCGUUUUCUGAAAGCGUCAACUAGCGAUAAGUGACCGAUUCGCCAUGGCCGACCCCAAGAAGCGCGAUUUCGUGGACGAUCACAACGAUCAGUCUAACGGUGGGAACACCUCGGAGGCGUCGCCGAUCGAUGCUCGAUCUGAGUUGUCGAGUUUCGUGGAGGACAUCUCGGCUGAAUCAUCUAGGGUUGAAAGCGAGAACGAAUCGACGGACGUUGUCGACAACGAUGACGACGGAGACCGAGACUUGUUCCUUGACGAGGAUAGGGUUUUGCGGUGGCUGCAGGCUCUGGAUAUGCAAGUCAUGGGAGCUUGUCGAGCUGACGAAAGAUUGAAGCCUUUGUUGAAGCUCAACGUUUCCAACGGGAUGGCUGAAGAUCGAUUGCUAGCUCAUCUUAGCCAGCACUUCGAGCCGGCCGAAAUUGGAAUGCUGGCGAGAUGCUUUUGCAUUCCUCUGGUUUCAGUUCGUGUGGGGAAGAUCAAGAAGGAAGGAACACGUAUGUGCCCAACUGCCACUAGGGGUAACUUGAGCCUUAUGUUGUUGCCAACAUCUGACUUACGGCUCUCAUUUGUUGGAGAUAAUGGUCAUUCGGAAAGACUGUUCACUUUUAGCAGCAAAUCUCAGAGCUCUGCUGUGUCGAUUGAGGACAUAAGUGCUGACAGCUCAGGUAGAUCCUUUGUUAUAAGGACCCCAGAUGGCCGUGCUUUUUAUUAUUGGUGCUCUGAGAAGUCUAAGCUUCUCGGAACGGAAUUGCGUAGGAAGAUGAAAGACUUGAUCAGAAAGAAGCCAUCAAUAUCAGAACUGACAGGAAUUGAUGAAUCACGCCUUGGACGCGUUGCUUCUCAUCUCCGUUCAUAUCUCAUGGGUUCGGUGGUACCUAGUAUCAACGGAUGUUCAAGCCUUUCCUUCGAUUCAUCAUCUUCUGUCUCUCAUGAUUCUACAUCUUCUUCAUGUGCUUCAAAGUCUCAUCGGACCCGCCACUCGGUGAGUCAACCAACAAAGGCAAGUUCUUUCCACCAAGGAAGCCUCAGUCCAAGGUCGAGUUCCUUUAAAGAAAUCACUCUCAGAAAUUCUUCAUCAAGAAUCUCUUCAAGAGAUAAAUCGAGACGGCGUAGCGAUGGCCUUUUCUCAGCAUUUGACAACCUUCAUGUCACUUCAAUUAGCAACAUGGAUGCUUCCAUGCUGACGGAAAAUGAAACCGCUGGAGAUAAUCGGAGACACGGCCCUCUUGCUCUUGCAGGAGACCCGAAAUCAGCAAACUUACCAAGACCUCAGCUUCCAUCGAGGAGUGGUUCACCACCGGUAUUGUUUUCUCCUUACUACUGUUGGUGUCCACCCAACACCUCAACCCUUCAUUCUCCAUUUUCUACUGCUUCUCAACAGUACCACCCUCCGCUAUCGAUCCAGUUAUCGUCAUUGCCACCCCUUUCCUCUCUUCUACCGCCCUCUGGAUCAGAUGGAAUAUUGAACCCACUACCACCCCAGCAGCUGGAGCUGGAUCUCUCCGAGAUCCCACCGCUGCUGCCAGAUUCGUUACCGUUAGUCCGACUCCCCAUUCCAAGUUCACAGCAGAUCCCUAUGUUUUCACCGUUAAUGUGUGAACCCAUCGUUCAUAUUCCAGUUAUCGAUGUUUGCUCUUCAGGUCAAGGCUACCUAGUGAGCGCAGGGCCUGGGAUGCCCACCAGCAUCCCGCCCCUUCACCCAAACCACCUUGUAAACCCGCAGAAGGAGUCUCUGCUGGAGAAAGGCGCAAGGGAAACUCUGCGUUUGCUCAUCAGCGGCUCCAACACCGCAACCGCCGGUGCCCCUUUGAUCAACGUCUUCGCCAAAUCGGAGGAUAGGCAACCAGGCUUACUUGUGGCCGGUAGCAGAGGUCUGUACAGUGGGACACACGAUGUGGGCAGCGGCUUGAGGGUCUCAAGCAUUGGCCUCUUCACACCUCACGGGCUGCAGCCUGCGGUGGCCACUAGUCGCAGCAGCAACAUUGGCCCCGAGGAUAAACCCGACGUCGGGGGUGGUGAUGGUGAUGAUGAUGGCGAAGCAACCCCUCCUGAAAGGAAGUUCUGAUUAGUUUUAGUAUAUGGUCAUAUUGCUGCUGUUGGUUUUUUUUUUUUUUUUUUUUUUGGUUGCGUGUCGUCUUGUAGAUGCCAAGGUUGAAAAUCCAAAUGUAUAAAAAGGGGACCGUGGUUUUUCUUUUCUUUUUUUUUUUUUUGGCGGGUAAUAUGGGGUGGUGAGACUCAACUAUCUCUAUCGGGUUUUAUAUUUGUUGGUUUUGGUUACAGCUUUGUAAUUUGCUUCUGUUGGUUAUUUUUUAGUUUAUUUGUUUUUGUU